CAGCCCAGAAGAGCCCCAAUACGGCCUAAGAGUCGUCCGUAGGUAGCAAUUCUGGCUCAAGCAAUCACUGCUCGCAGUGCCGCCUCGCGCCGAGUGCCCCUACCGUCCGAGCCGCCAUGGCCAUGGCGGUGCUCGCGGCAUCGCUCCUGUGGCUGCUCUGCCCUGCCUGGGCCGCGACCGGGAUCAGCGAGGAGGAGAAGACGGCAAUCUUGGAUACGCACAACACCUACCGCUGCAUGCCCGGCGUGCCGCUGUUCGAGUGGGACGAUGCCGCUGCUGCUGCUGCGCAGGCGCAUGUGGACGCCGGCAAGUUCUAGUUCGGGUAGCGUGACUGGGCAGAGGGCGACGGAUUUCUGGUAUGAAAAUAUCAGGUGGACUCCCAAUGGCGCGGGGCUGAUUCCGGAGUGUAGCCGGAGCUGUGGAUCCUACUCUACGCUCGUCUGGAAGUCCUCCGUCAGGCUCGGUUGCGGCCGCGGGACCCGGAACGACAAUGGCGGCGAUUUCGUGGUUUGUCUUUAUUGUGCUGAAGCCAACGUGUGGGGUGGCUUUACGGAAAACGCCCUCUCUCCAAGCAAGACGGCCGACCAGUGCGCGGACCCGUAUGACCCGAGCGACGGCCUGGCGCCGACCCCGAGCGUAGCGCCGACCCCGUGCCUGAGCCCGAGCCCGAGCGAGGUCGGGUUGAGUGCGGACUGGAUGAAAGAACUCCUGGACACGCACAGCACCUACCGCUGCAUGCACGGCGUGCCGCUGUUCGAGUGGGGCGACGCUGCUGCUGCCAGCGCGCAGGCGCACGUGGACGCUGGCGAAUUUGGACUCAGCGGCGGAUUGGUGGGCAGCGAAUAUUGCACCGAGCUCCACGCGUGGUCGUCUGAGGAGACUGCGGCGGAGGCGGCGGGGAGAUGGUAUGCAGAGAUUGAGAAUUCCCCCGGUGGCACGGGGGCGGUUCCGGACUGCUCCAGCAGCUGCACAGGCUACACCACGCUCGUCUGGAAGUCCGCCGUCCGGCUCGGCUGCGGCCGUGGAUCCCGGAACGACAAGGGCGGCGACUGUACGGCUUGCUACUGCUGCCCAGAGGCCAAUUCGGGUCGCUUCACGGACGGCGUCUUCCCUGUGAGCAAGACGGCCAAGCAGUGCGCCUCUUGUGCCAGCGAUGGUGUCAACGACGAUGGCACCGACGGCGGCCCGAGCCCGAGCCCGAGUUCGGACGACGGCCCGAGCCCGAGCCCGAGUUCGCACGACGGCCCGAGCCCGAGCCCGGGCGGCGGCGGCCUCGGCAGCGAGAACCUCGACGCAGGCUCCGCCGUCCAGGCCUCCCUGGCCGCCCUCGCCGUCCUGCUGCUGAUUGGCGUCGCCGCGAUCGCCGUCUGAGAUACGUUGUCAGUACUUGCGUGUGCAACGGCCGGCGACAACCUCUACAGCCUUGCUGCCGCCUGCAAUUCCACGCCUGCGCCCGGUCCACUCGCUUUCCCCUGUUGCUUUCGGCCGGGUGCACUUCCGAGUGCAGUGCAAGGUUGCUUGUCGGCGCAGCGCCGCCGUGGCCUGCACACUGAUGCCGUGGUAGCUGGGCCGUAUAAGUGAAAUUGGUGGAGCUAUACGGGUUCAAGACUGCCUUACGGAGGCAUCCCAGGCGUUGGUUUCGCCUCUUCCUCUCCCUCCUCCUCCUCCUGCUUCUCCUCCUCCUACUCCUUCUCGCUCUGCGGCAUUUGGCCGCGCUGCGGUGUUCGUCCACCGAGCCAGGCCGUCUUUGAGCAACGCGCGGUGCCCAGGGGGCACGCGCCCUUUUUUAAGGAGGAGGA